AUGGGGAGGGCUGUGAAGUGCGCGUGUAGCCUCGGACUGAUGGUCCUGGCGAUGGUGAUGGUUGUGGGGAUCGCUGAAGGGCGUCGGCUUGAGAAAGAUAACUUGCUUGGCGGUGGUGGGAUCGGAGGAGGGUUCGGUGGUGGAGUUGGUGGGGGCUUUGGUGGCGGGACUGGUGUCGGUGGUGGCUUUGGAGGUGGUAAAGGUGGAGGGGGUGGUUUUGGUGGUGGUGCUGGUGCUGGUGGCGGGGCUGGAGGUGGCUUUGGAGGUGGAGCUGGUGCUGGAGGUGGCUUUGGAGGCGGCAAAGGUGGUGGUAGCGGGAGUGGUGGAGGUGGUGGUUCUGGCGGUGGAUUUGGAGGUGGCAAGGGUGGUGGAGCUGGUGGAGGCGGUGGCUUUGGAGGUGGCAAAGGUGGUGGAGCUGGAGGAGGAGUUGGUGGUGGAGCAGGUGGCGGAGGUGGUGGCUUUGGGGGAGGCAAAGGAGGUGGAGCUGGUGGAGGUGUAGGUGGUGGAGCCGGUGGAGGGGCUGGAGGCGGAGGUGGAGCUGGUGGAGGUGCAGGUGGUGGCUUUGGGGGAGGUAAAGGAGGUGGAGCUGGAGGGGCUGGAGGCGGAGGUGGAGCUGGUGGAGGUGCAGGUGGUGGCUUUGGGGGAGGUAAUGGAGGUGGAGCUGGUGGAGGUGUAGGUGGUGGAGCCGGUGGAGGGACUGGAGGCGGAGGUGGAGCUGGUGGAGGAGUAGGUGGAGGGGCUGGGGGCGGAGGUGGAGCUGGUGGAGGUGCAGGUGGUGGCUUUGGGGGAGGCAAAGGAGGUGGAGCUGGUGGAGGUGCAGGUGGUGGCUUUGGGGGAGGUAAUGGAGGUGGAGCUGGUGGAGGUGUAGGUGGUGGAGCCGGUGGAGGUGCUGGCGGAGGAAUCGGAGGUGGAGCUGGUGGUGGUGCUGGCGGAGGAAUCGGAGGUGGAGCUGGUGGUGGUGCUGGCGGAGGAAUCGGAGGUGGAGGUGGUGCUGGUGGCGGGGUUGGCGGUGGCUCCGGCGGAGGUUUUGGAGGAGGAAUCGGGGGUGGUAAUGGAGGGGGCUUUGGCGGAGGAGGCGGCAUUGGUGGAGGCUUUGGAGGCGGCAGCGGUGCAGGUGGUGGAUUGGGCGGUGGAAUCGGGGGUGGCGGUGGAGGAGGAGGUGGUGGUGGGUUCUAA